CAGUCGUCGAGUGCGUUUCGCUACAGUUUUGUGCUUUUGUUGUUGUGGGCCGCAACGUCGGUGUCAGUGCAUAAACACACACACACAUACACAUACAAAUGUAUGUAAAGUGCUGCUUAAAUAUAAACAAAGCAACAACAACUACAACAACAAUAGGCUCAUCAUCAUCAACAUCUUCAGCCUCAGCUACAGCUUUAGCUUUGUCAUUUCACAUGUACGAAAUUUUUUAGUGCGCGCUUACGUUAUGCAAUUGUUUAAAUAAAUAAGAAAAACAGAGUAAAAAGUGCACGCUUUUUUUAUUAAUUAUGAUUAAGGCAUAAAUAUAAGAAAUUAGAAAUUUUCGACGCCUUACAAAUUGCUAAACACGUUUUGGCCAAAAGCAAACGAAAUUGUUCAGCAACAACAACAAAAAAGCUGCUGCCAACAACUUGUAGUGAAAUUAUAAGCAACAAAAAUUAUUUAUAUAAAAAAAGAAAUAGUUUUUGUCAAAGUGAAAAGCGCCGAGUGUGUGUGGAAAGCAGCAACAGCAACAACAAUUGCUGCUUAAUUAUAAAAUCAAUAAAAAUACAAAUAACAAUUGUUACAGCAUUAAGAAAAUAAUAAUAAAAGUAACAAGAGCGGCAACAAGACAACGGCCUGGGCUACGUAAUCAUUGGGAAAAUAUCUGCAAUUUUGCAACAAUUUCAACAUAGCAACAAUAAAAACAACAACAACAACGCAAGUAAUUGAACAAAAGACUCCCAAACGCUGAAAGCGUCACAACAAACAGAAAAUGGUGUCGCGCCGCAAAAUAUUGUCACGUUCACGCGAUGAUCUGAACCUGGAUCAGACCUUCAAUCAGCAGGAGGAGGAAGAGGAUGUUUGGUAUCAGAAAGACAAACUUUACAAGGAGCACAUACAGGAAGUGCUGGACAAAUGGACGCAAAUCGAUGAUGAAAUCUGGGCCAAAGUAAUUGUCUUCGAGCGCAAUAGACGCGUAGCCAAAGCCUAUGCACGUGCUCCCGUGCUGACCAUCAAUGGCUCCGACGACGGCUUCGAUGGCAUGCGCAUUGGCCUCUGCGGCUUUGACAAUCCCAUGCGCGAUCAAAAAACCGAUGAGCUCAAGCGUCUGAUUGGUCAGGGCGUUAAGAUCAAAAUGGACGAUGCUGGCAACAUACUUGUGCGUCGCUAUGCCAAGAGCAAUGUAUUUGUCAAGAGCACCGCCAGCAAUGCCAAUGAGGAGACCUCCAUUGGUGCCGAAAUCCUAAAGUUGCCCAAUCAAGCCCUCGAAAGCGAAAAAAUAGUCAAGCUGUUCGACAUGAAGAAGUUCCAGUCGAAUGUGAAUCGUGAACUACGCCGUGCCUAUCCGGAUCGCCGGCGCUUGGAGACGCAGUGUCUAUCGGUAGUGGCCUUUGUCAAAUCGGAAAAUGACAUUUUGGAGUGCCCCAUCUGGGUGCUCAUUGUCAAUGUGGUCGCCAUGGAUAUGCUAAAGAGCAAACUGCCGCCAGUGCAACGUCCCAUUGUCGACAUCAAGAAUCGCCCGCGCAUACCCAUACCGGAUGAGGAUCCCUAUAGCGUCGCUGGCAAUGGCAGCAAUGGCAGUUCGGGCAGCUCGGGCUUUGGCAGCGCACAUCAGCAACAGUUGCACCAGCAUCAGCAGCAGCUGGGCAAGCAUUUGAAUAAUGGCAGCAGUGGUCAUGUAGCUGCCACACGAGAACAGUUGCUGCUGCAGACGCAGCAGUUGGCGCACAAACGCAGCGAGAAGCCACCCAAAUUGCCACCCAGGGACAAUGUCUAUGCGCACGAUCUGAUUCCAAAGCCGGACUAUGAUGACAUUGAUUUGGAAACUAGAAUCAAGCUGUCACGCGGCAAAUCGGACAAAGGCAAGGACAACAAGAAAUACGAUGAUCCUUAUUAUUGUGGCCUGCGUGCACGCGUGCCCAACUUUGUCAAGUCGUCAAAGAACAACAAGGAUCAGCGCGAUGGCAAUGGCAACAACAUUACCAACGGCAACAACAACCACAACAACAAUAACAACAACAGCAACAUUAACAACAACAACAACAAUGGCAUGAGCACGCUGAGCCAAAAGAAGACUUCAAUGAUACACAAUCACUUGGCUGGCAUGCAUGCACAUCCACAUGCACAUCAUGCGCUUGCCCAUCCACAUCAUCUGCAGCAGCAGCUAUUGAAGCAGCAGCAACAGCAACAGCAGCAGCAGCAACAUCAAAUUUGGCAGACGCGCAGCUAUGAGAGCGGCAUAGAUUCCGAACUUGUUGAAUCACCCUACAAUCACAUCUAUGGACGCCAUUUACCGCUGCCAACACGCGGCUAUGUGCCCACACCACGCAUGUUUAUUGGGGAAUGGGACUGAACGGGGGAGAAGCGUGGCGCAAGCGUAAGGAGUAUGAGGAGCAACAACAGCUUCGGUGAACAGCACACAACAAUGCACUAUACGUUGAGCCCUUGGAGCCGUUAAAGCAAGGCACGCAUGUUUACUAUAAUAAAUCGUAAAGUUUAUAUAGACAUUAUUAUAAGGCAGCCCUCUUGACUGUCAAGUGCAGCGUUAAUUUAAGUCAAGCGCACAUCUAUAACAAGAGCUUAAAUAAUUUAGCAAAAUAUAGACAUAGGCUAAUGCUUGAUACAGAACGGAGAGCAAAAACCAAUCUUAUUAAUAUAAAAAAAAAGAGAAAAAUAGCUGCGCAGCGCUUAUUUCGUUUUGAGUUUUCUUCUUGAGAUUACCAAGUACCUUUAACUAUAUAAAAUAUGAAACUAUAUAAAACAAUUUCUUUUUAUAUUUUUGCGCAUUAACAGGCCAUUUAACAUUCGUGUAGUUUUAAUGCUUUUUUUAAAUUUGUAAAAUUUUGUUGCACUGAUGGCGAAUUGACACGCUCGACUCGCAGCUCAAUUCACAAAAGUUAGUUUACGACUUGAUAGCGUCACAUACAUACAUUAAUAUAUAUAUACUUAAUAUUUAAGCGGAUUUGUCUGUUUUCUUUUGUACACGCAUGUGGCCAACACAAGAAACAUUAUAU